AUGGGGAGCGUCAAUGUGGAGGUCAAGUGGGGCAAGGAGAAGUUCGCCGUGGAAGUCGACCUGGAGCAGCCGCCGGCGGUGCUCAAAACGCAGCUCUUCUCGCUGACGGGGGUGCCCCCGGAGCGGCAGAAGAUCAUGGGCGUCAAGGGCGGGCUGCUCAAGGACGACGGCGAGUGGGCCAAGCUGGGCCUCAAGGCGGGGCAGAAGCUGACGAUGAUGGGCACCGCCGACAAGGUGCCUGAGGCCCCCACCACGCAGCAGACCUUCAUGGAGGACCUCCCGGAGGAGGAGCAGGACACCAGCGGCAUGGGCAAGUACGGCGCGGGGCUGCAGAACCUGGGGAACACUUGCUACAUGAAUAGCACGGUGCAGUGCUUGUACGCCGUGCCCGAGCUGCGCAGCAGCCUGACCAACUACGCCUCCAGCCCGGCCAUCGGCGGCGGCGCCGACGGCAACCACACGCUCACCGUGGCCACCCGCAACCUGUUCCAGAGCCUCACCCGCUCGGUGCAGCCGGUGCCGCCGAUGGAGUUCAUCCUGUCGCUGCGCAAGACCUACCCCCAGUUUGGGCAGACCAGCAGGGAGGGCUUCUACAUGCAGCAGGACGCCGACGAGUGCUGGGGCAACCUGCUGACCAGCCUCAAGGACAAGCUCAAGGCAGGGCCCGCCUGCCAGCCCUGCCUUAACCUUGCUUUCCUGUUUGGCGUGCAGCUGCACGCCACGCUCAAGGCGGGGGAGGGCGAGGAGACAAUUGAGCAGGAGAAGCUGGUGUGCAACAUCAGCGUGGAUGUGAACCACCUGUCUGAGGGAAUCCGCCUGGGGCUGAAGCAGGACCGCGAGCAGCGCAGCGAGGCGCUGGGCAGGGAUGUGUUGUUCCAGGGCGAUGCCCAGAUCUCGGGCCUGCCGCCGUACCUCACCGUCCAGAUGAUGCGGUUCUUCUACAAGGCAGACGUGCAGCAGAAGGCCAAGAUCCUGCGCAAGGUCACCUUCCCCCUGCACUUGGAUGUGCUGGAGUUCUGCACGCCGGAGCUGCAGGCGCAGCUCAAGGGCCCGCGCCUGGCAGGCACGCUGCGUGCCCUGUGGGGCCACCCCUGGGGCUGCUGCUGCUGCCGCUGCCGCCUGUCAGCCGGCGGCGAUGUGGCCAUGCAGGAGGCGGGGGCCGGCAGCGGCGCCGCGGCCGAGGCGGACCCCGCCGCCUUUGCUGGGGAGCUGACUGGUGAGGCAGGCCCCGCUCUCUCUCUGGGGCUGUGCAAGUACGAGCUGAUCGGCGUGCUGACGCACAAGGGGCGCAGCGCCGACUCGGGCCACUACGUGUCGUGGGUGCGGCAGGAGGAUGGGCAGUGGGUGCAGUUUGAUGACGACAAGAUGAUCCUCCGCAAGGAGGAGGAGGUGCUGACGCUGUCGGGCGGCGGCGACUGGCACAUGGCCUACAUGCUGCUGUACCGCGCCCAACGGGUGCCCCGGGAGUAG